GAACUAAGUUCAAUAGCUGACAGUUCAGUAGUACGCUCAGACAUUAGGAGGAGUGGACAUAACAACACAAUUAUGAUGGUGACGAUGAAAGUUCUGUUCGUACUGGCCAUAGCUGUUACUGCUAUUUUAGAAGUUACAUCCAUCUCACCCCCCACUGCAGCACUAACAAAAGUGAACUGCUCUGAGCCCAUAAGAGUUGCAGAAAUCAAUAAAACUGUACAUGAUGUUCAUGCAUGUUUUGGGAGCUUAGUGCGUGCUGAAAUUGGGAUUAAAAUAAAUGAAACUGUCGGGGCCUGUGAAUCUGUGGACCAGUUCAACACUACGGCAAUUAAGCGUUUUCUAAAUGUCACUAGUCAGUGCGAGACUGAAAGCGCGAAUACUUACAAAUAUCUCUCCUACAACUUAAAUAAGUUCGUCAAAGUUGUUAAUCGUACUCUCGGAGAUGAUAGAUAUAAAAAAUUCUUCGAAAACGGUGGUGUAAUGUGUGUAAAUGAGAAAAAAAUCGAGAUCCAGAACUGCGUCAGAAAUAACACUUUCCGCAAUGUGACUAUAGCACCUCAAUUGUACCUAACAGGGUUUGCUAGGAUGAAAUUUAAACAAGGCUGUAGUGAGAUCUUAGGCAUAAAAGACUGUAUCGCAAAAGAGUUCCAGAAGUCACCGAAAAACUGCACUGAACACAGCAUUACGUACACCAAUUUUCUUUUCGACACAGUUUAUGGAGAAUUUUGCAAAAAUCGAAAAUGGACAAAUUCGACAGUAUCGAGUUCAUCAAGAGUUGUGGGAGCACCGGUCAGCAUUGCCGUAAUCAUCUACUUUACCAUCUUGCAAUUUCAAUAA